AUGUUCGAUCGAAGAUCUGGGGCCCUGACAGAGAAGAUCGUGGAUUCGAAUGUUCAGAUUCCGCACGGUCAAGUGGACAAGAUUGCUCCAGUUUCUUCCGCAGAACGAUUACACCCUCCUUUGGAGGGCAAUUUUCCAGAGUUGUGUAUCUUCGACGAUACUGGACAUGUACUGACUCUGGAGAGGUUUGACGAGACUAUGGCGUCGCUGGAAGAGUUGGUCGAUGGCUAA